ACAAUGUUACACAAAAGGAAAAGUUUUUUGUUAAAGCAUUAAUGAACCAGAUAAAAAAGUUGUAAUAAAAACGUUUUUGUUGUAUUAUCUAUAAAUAAUAAUUUAAUUUAAGCAUUUUUGGAAAAGAUUGAGCUGUGUUUAUGAAUUUUUAUAAAUACUGGCAUACAUGCAGCUACAUAUGUAGAUCAAAGGUUUCACCUUUCAGUAGUACAAACAUAUUUUUCAAGAUAUUCAAAUUUUAAUUAUACAGAUCACAUUCCAAUAUUUUGGGAUGUUGUUAAUGAGCUUGUUUCCGUAAACUUUUCUUAAUUUCAUAAUGAAUGCGCGUUAAUAUUGGGUACAAUUAUGUUAUCUGGAAUCAGGAAUUGAAAAUUACAGGAGCGUACUUAGCAGAAUAGAAUUUUUAAAGCUUUUUUCAGAACAAUAGUAAUAAAAAACAAUUCAAAUAAACAAUCGUUAAUUAUUACUGUCAAACUCCUUUGUGUGCUAUUAUUUGUUUAUUUUGAUCAUACUGUAAUUAUUGCAGAAUUAUAAUACAAAAUUAUUAAUAUUUACGUAUUAUGUAAAAUGUAUAUAUUUGUGUGUAAAAUUAAUAUUCUAAUGUAUCUAAAACGUGUUGUUUAUCACAAACACACAUUCAUGUCCGUAAAUAGGUCUUUUUUUCAAUAAAAUUGUCCCUUUUUUCGUAUUUUUUUACGUGUUUCUUACUGUUAAUUCACAUAGAUAAUUUUUACCUUUGCAAAGAUUUAUGUAGUUUUCAGAGAAUUACAAUUUUUAAAAAAAUGUAAAAUUACAUUUUCAUUAAUCGUAACUUCUUGUUUUAAUGCAUUUUUCUAUAAUAAGACAAUCUUUGGAAUUAUUUGUAUUCUUAGUAAAAGUUAUUAUUUGCCGUGAGGGUAUCGUAUUUACUCCCACGAGGGUAGAAAUACCCAUAAACAUUAAUUGCUGGAAAUCCAAAAAUUCCCAUUUCGUCUUGAUAAUCAAAUACCUACCGAAAGAGAGGUGGUAAUACUUCCGAAAAGUAUAAAUAACCGGAAGGGUGGUUUUGACGUCAUUCGUGAACCGUUUUUGUGUUAGUGUGUUUUUCUCUUAAUUGCAUUAUUAUUUCAUAUAUUAUACUUAUUUCUACCAUGAUUUUUAGAGUAUGUAUAUUUUUAUACUUAUUCCCUUUUCUCGUUCUAACUUCUGUAAUUGAUUAUAAAUCAAAUUGCACUUGUGUUCCUUAUUAUCAAUGCUCUGAAGAGACAGGUGGUGUGAUAACGAAUGGUGCUGGAUUGUUUGAUACCAGAUUGUUUCGAAACGCUCACUGUACUGGUUACUUUGACGUUUGCUGUAAUACAACUCUUACAAUUGAUAAUGAUCCUCCUGAAAAAGAAGAAAAGCCAAGAGGAUGCGGCUAUCAUGUACCGGGUGUUUUUCCAUGGUCUGUUAUUUUACGUAUACAAAAGGACAGUACAAAGCCAUUUCAACACAAAUGCGGGGCUUCUUUAAUUCACUCACAAGUUGCUAUAACUGCAGCGCAUUGUACAGAUGAUGUUACUGCAAGAUACGAAGUUAAAAUUGGUAAACAAGCUACAGUGGUUACCAAGAUAAUACGCCAUCCAAAAUUCAACAUAAAUACUCUGCAAAACGACGUAGCUCUCUUAGUACUAAAAAAUCCACUCAAAAUUUCGGAAGAAGUUUCUUUGAUAUGUAUCCCACCUCCGCGGUUUUCAAUAGAGCAUAAUCAGUGCAUUACAAGUUCGUGGAAUAACACGGAUGACAGCAAGGUUGAUCCGGUGCCAAGAUUAAUAAAAUUGCCCGUUAUUUCGAAAAAGAAUUGUGAAAAUACACUGAGGGCUACUAGGCUGGGUACGUUUUUCCAACUACACAAAACUUUUGUUUGUGCUGGAGGCGAAGCUGAAAAAGAUACUUGCAAUGGCGAUGGAGGGAAUCCUCUGAUUUGUCCUAUUUCCGGUGAAAGAGGACGGUACCAUCAAGUUGGAAUUGUCUCCUGGGGCAUUGGAUGCGGAGAAUUCAAUAUGCCUGGUGUUUAUGUAAGAUUAAGCAUUUUUAGGGAUUGGAUCGACAAAGUUAUGUUGAAAAAUGGUUUUGAUAUCAAUGGAUAUAGAUAUUAAUUUACAUAAAACGUACCUCUGUAUAACUGUUAUAUGUUAUAAGUGCCUACCUAAUAAACCGAUGCAAUGUGCCAGUGGGUUUUUAUAAAAGUGUUUGUGUCUAAACCAAUGUACCUAGUAUUACGUGUUCACAGCUCUUAGUAUUAAUUUAUAAUAAUUAAAAUUAUUGUAUU